AUGUCUCAAGCUCCUGGAAUCACCCCUGCCGAUAUCGCACACUCUGCAUCAAAUCUUCCUCUGGAUAAACAUUAUGAGGAAGUUAUACGCCAUGCAACAAAGUGUACCUCCGAUCUACAAAUUGUGACUUCACAUCUAGAUCAAAGAGAUGCUGCACCUGAUGAAAUAACUUACGAAACGGAUCUUCACACUAAAAAAGAGAUUACAAAAUUCUCUUUAGAUGUCUAUACCAGUAUGCGACGUCACUUGCUACAUAGACUCAAUAACAGAGCAGAAUUUCCCGGAGAUGAAUCUCUGGAUGAACAUACUGUGCAAACUUGGGAAGGCAAGUUGGAUACGGCUAAGAGUGCGUACGAACAAGCAAGAUUUGAGUAUGAAAGGAAGGUAAAAUCGGUACAAUCGUCUAACGCACCUCGAUACCACCAGGGCAGGCCUGACAAGGCUGACACUAUGGAAAGCAGCAUACUAUAUUCCAUCGCCGUGGACCAAACGACUCGGUCUUGCGAGACCGCUAUGGGUCGGAAAAAGGACUAUGAACAAGCACCAGAAGACAUGUCAGUUAAUUCUGAUUGGCAACAGAAGAGGCAAAAGUAUGUAUCGUCUCUCAAAGAAUUUAUCGUAUCAUAUAAGCAUAUGAGGCGAUCUUUUGAGCAGCUGUCCGGAAACACCCAACGAUCGAUAAAUGCAAAAGUACCACCUUUAUUGACUCCUGAAGAAUGUAAGACUUUGAUAGAACGGCGGGAUCGUUGGAGUGACCAGUCAAUACAAGAGGCCAAACUGGAAUUCUUUGAACUAUACAGGUCGGGUGUGAGAUCCUGCAAUAAGCAAAAUCAGCGUCGGCUCGAAGCGGAAAGCAACGACCCCCUAGCAACGAGUGCCAUGUCAAGUAAAGCGUGGACUAUCGAUCAAGGAGCGACCUCCUUUCUUGGGAAUGGUCCCACCUCAACGGAUCUCAAUGAGUUGCAACUGGGACUGAACACAUACGCUACCCUUCCUUCAAUUCCAGACCUACCCAUCCCAGCCUUUAGCUUUCUCGGCAGUCAAAGCAACGUUCCUUCUGAGGAUGUUUUCCCUGCUAACAACUCAGGGAAGAGACCUUACAAUCCAGAUGCCACGGGACCCUCAAUGUCGUUUCCCUCCGGGUUUUGA